UUCUGUAUAAAUAGAAAGGCGAGCAGCUCUUCCAGCAUCAGAAGCAACCGAGCAAUCUGUAAAACAACUCAGCCUAAGCAUGAAGUUCCUGUUCCUGUGCACUCUCCUCCUGAGCGUAGCUCUCUUCAUGGCUGCUGCCACUUCCAAGAGCAGCGAUAAUGCCAAGGACGAUCACUCCCGCCACCAUCAGGUUGUGCGCAGCCUGCGCUUCGCCGCCGACGACAAGACUCCGCCCAAGCACGAUGAUGUCGCCUGCUGCGGUUAAGCAGAAGGACACUAAAGGCGUGAGACAACCUUCCUCCAACAUUAACACGCCUUAAAAUAACAAUAAAGAAGCAAUUUUGAAAAAUGUA